AUGGACUUGGUGGAGUUGGACGCACACUGCUCGUGGGGAUGGCAGAUACAUGGGUUGAUAAUCGGUGAAGUCUUUUGUUCAAAGUGGUUUCUAAGAGCGUCUCCAAGGUGCUAUAAGGAAUCCAUUGAACACAGAUGGGAAGCGGGAAAUCUUGGUUUUGAUGUUAGACCGCAAGUUCCGUGCGGAGCUGUAGACAUCGGGGCGGGCCGUUCUGACUUCCGGACUCGGAAUCUCAAGAGGAUUUUAUCGCGGAAAAUUUGUAGUUUCCUAAGCCAGAACCAGAAUGCGGCACCACCUUCGCCUGAUGCGACAUAUUGCCCUCCACGGGUGUUAUCGAUAAUCAAGAAAGAGAUCGAGUUGCCUGUAAAAUUACCCCUGUAUUGGUAA